AUGGGUGAGGGUGAAGAGUGUUUUGUUUUAAUCUUCUUUCUCUUCCAGUUUGAACGGCAUGACCCUGUGAAUGGGCGGAUCACCGAGCGUCAGUUUGGUGGCAUGCUGCUGGCCUAUAGUGGAGUGCAGUCAAAGAAGCUCACUCUCAUGCUGAAGCAACUCAGGAAACAUUUUCAAGAAGGAGAGGGGCUGACGUUUGAGGAGGUGGAAAGCUUUUUUACUUUUCUGAAGAAUAUAAAUGAUGUGGACACAGCUUUGAGCUUUUACCACAUGGCUGGAGCUUCUCUCGAUAAAGUUACCAUGCAGCAGGUAGCCAGGACAGUGGCAAAAGUGGAGCUCUCAGACCAUGUGUGUGAUGUGGUGUUUGCUCUUUUUGAUUGUGACGGGAAUGGAGAGUUGAGUAACAAGGAGUUUGUUGCCAUUAUGAAGCAGCGACUUAUGAGAGGUUUGGAGAAGCCCAAAGACAUGGGAUUUACACGACUCAUGAGGGCAAUGUGGAAAUGCGCGCAGGAGACAGCUUGGGACUUUGCUAUGCCCAAACAAUAACUGCAGCAAAUGGAAGAACCUGGUUUACAACAUGUUAUUGGGGCCAUAAAUCUAUCUGUACUGCUCCUGCAAAACAUGCCAUUGUCAGAUGCUCUGCAGAUGAACACUCUUCACACAAAAAUCUACUGAAUGAUAACAGACCCAUUGCUACAUUGAACUAGAAAAAAACCACCCAAAAGACAGACUAUUAACAACUGGAGUUUUUCCAAACACCAGAACAGAAAUUGGAGUCUAUUGUAUCUUCUGCUUUAAUUUUUCCACUGUUGAUGCCUCUUUAAUAUUAAUCUCUCAGGAAAAUUACAAGAAUAAUUAGUUCUGUGUAUUGCAGCCACCAGUUUCAUCUCCAUGGUACGCUCCAGUGUCCAACAAUCGCAGGAUUUUAUGUAGAAUUGAAUAUGGAUAGCUUCAGAGAACAACAUUGGUCGGAAUAGUCCCAUAUGUGUCAAGCAGUGGGACAGAAAUGCCUAGCAAAUAUACUAGUAACAAAUCCUAGUCUUUUGCUCCUGAAUUAUUUUUAGUUUAGAUUUUAAGCAUUAUUUACAAAAAGUGUGUUUAGAAUGAGCUUUCGAAAGAGAGCUGGGUUUAUAGAAAACAAUAUCAACCUUUGUUUAUUACGGAAGCUGUCCAUAAGAUUAAGGGCAGAGGGGUCCAGCAAGGGUGAGAAGAAUGCCAGAGAACUUUCUUCUAUAGGACUGUUUUGUUUUUCCCAGUUGGAUUUCUCAUCUUGCAAGCUUGAUGUGAAAUAGGGAUAUACCUGGUCAAGCAGGGGGCUGCCUUGGAUAUAAGGAAUUUAAAACGCUUAAUUUUUUUCCCACCUUUCUCCUGCCUUGCAUAAGCAACCUAACAUAUAUGCUCUUUGUAAUUCUCUUUUUAAUAAGGGGCUCCUCCCCCUGUGAGACUGUCCUCCUAUAUGGGGUAUUGGCUUUAAAGCUGCUAUUUACUGAAUGCUUGAACAUUGUAAAAUAUUACUUUAAUUACAUUGGUUCACAACAAAA